AUGUCCCUUAAGAAGCCUGGGGAAGAGGCAGCAUGGGGUAGGCUUGGUGCGGCACCCCCUAGUCCUAAAAUUCCAUCGAAACGUGCCAAAGUGCUUGUGGAUCCAGCAGUGCCAGAGCUGCGGGGCUCCAGACAGUACCCUUACAAAACCGCGCCACUGUUUAUCAGAAAAAUGAAGAAUGCUGCUGUGGGAACUGGGUGCGAUAUCCGGCUAAAGGUAGCCAUAGCAGGAGAUCCACAGCCAGCCCUCUACUGGUACCACAAUGAAAAACAACUGGCCAUGGAUAACCAGGAAUAUGGAGGGCUGUGGAUCAGGGACUGCAAGCUCAGUGACGCCGGGCUCUACACCUGCAUAGCGACCAACCCAUUAGGAGAGGCCCGGACCAGCGGUCCUGGGGAAGAGGCAGCAUGGGGUAGGCUUGGUGCGGCACCCCCUAGUCCUAAAAUUCCAUCGAAACGUGCCAAAGUGCUUGUGGAUCCAGCAGUGCCAGAGCUGCGGGGCUCCAGACAGUACCCUUACAAAACCGCGCCACUGUUUAUCAGAAAAAUGAAGAAUGCUGCUGUGGGAACUGGGUGCGAUAUCCGGCUAAAGGUAGCCAUAGCAGGAGAUCCACAGCCAGCCCUCUACUGGUACCACAAUGAAAAACAACUGGCCAUGGAUAACCAGGAAUAUGGAGGGCUGUGGAUCAGGGACUGCAAGCUCAGUGACGCCGGGCUCUACACCUGCAUAGCGACCAACCCAUUAGGAGAGGCCCGGACCAGCGGUGUACUAGCGGUCAUGGACCUGGAGGAUGACUCAGAGACCACAGAAGACGAGGCAGCUGAGCCUCAGAUAUGCAUGGCAACAAAAGAAGGACCCCGUGGUCCUCAGGACCAGGCUGUUCACAGAGUGCCUGCAGGCAAUUCGGACCGGAUAAAGGACGCCACCCCUGAAACAACGGCCACUUCAGGUUGGAGCGGGUCACAGGCGGACAGCUGGGCGGGAAGCCAGAACACUGUGGUGGAGAAGGAGCUGUCUGGCAUGGGUUCGAGAGUCACUGUUUCCACGCAGAAAGAUGCUUUCUCCAAGCCUUCCAGGAGCCUUUGUGGAGACGUUUUGAGGGAAGACUAUGGCUGCCAAGCCACUGAGCUGGAGCAGAAACAGGACCUUGGGUCCCUAAGAUACCCCUCUUCCCGAUCCCAAGUUCUUCCACUUCCCUCUCCCAAAAUUGGCCAACUGUCUAGCACCAAUCCCAUACCCAGCCGCUCUGGGUCAGCCCCAGCCACCCCCUUGACCCCCCGCAAGAAAAUUGUGACCCCUGUUGAGUACCUGGAUAUAGUGCCUGCAGAAUUUGAGGAUAAAAUCAAGCAACCUAAAUCCUCCACACUCUCCCAAACCAGCACCCAGGAUUCCCGUCCACAGACGCCACUUAGCGAAUACUCUCGGAAGGACUUAACGCUCCGACCCUCCCCCAAGCUGGCCCGUGCAAGCUCUAAGAUCUUUGAGAAGGUGCGUUACUUUGAGGAAAGGCGACGCAGUAUUGACCAGCUUGAGGGUUCCAUCACGGGACGCUCCUGGGCUGGGUUCCACCGGACACGCUCUUUUGAUCAGUCAGACGACGAGAAGAGCAGGACAGAAAUCUCCCGAGAGAGCUCCAGGGAAGAUCUGAGGGAGGCACUCAGGGCUGAAGCGGCUCAACGGAGGUCCAUAUUUAAGAAGAAGGCUUCUUCUUUUGAUGAAAAGCCUCGCUACAGUCACAAGAUCCAAGACAUUGAGAACAAGUUCACCGAAGAGCUCCAGCGCAUCAAGAAAGUGGUAGGCAAGCCCAAUUUAAGCAAAUCCUUCUCCACAGAGCAGAUCUCGCAUAGGAGCGGGAGAUCACCUAUAAAAAAGAUAGAGCCAAUUCUACCUGAGGUUCUUCAGAAGCUGCAAGACAGAGAGAGGAUCCAGCAACAACAGCAACAGCAACAGCAGCAGCAGCAACUACAGAAACAACAGGAACAACUACAACAACAACAGCUUCAGCAGCAGCAGCAACAACAGCUGAGCUCUAGGAAACCUUUAGCGAGGGGCCUAGCAACACUCAACCGAUCGCAAGAAAAAGGGGAUGUGUUUGAAAAAAAGUCACAUUCUGAUUUAACCAAUCGUCCCCCUGUGACUAGAGAGCCAAGUGGAAUCAGUCCCCACAAAGAGUUACCCACGGGAUUGGUCCCAGUGAAAGCACUGCAAAAGAAGAGGGAAGAGCCAACACUACCACAGCACCUUCCAGUGGAAGUAGAGGAGACCAAGACAACACAGCUUCCAGUACAGCGGAUUGUUCAAAAACCUACCAGUCCAUUGGUUCAGAAAGAAGCCGUACGGCUCCCGCAGCUGCCCACACAAGCCCCUGCAAUGGUUUCCAAACUUAAACAAGCCCCCAGAGAAGCUGCCCAACUUCAAGAACUAACAACACAAGCUCCUCCAAUGGCUUCCAGAUUCACACGAGUCCCCUCCGCCAGCCCCUUGCCAGAGAAAGUGAAGGAGGAGAAGAUGGAAGUUGAGGAGAGCCCUGCACAGCCAGCUCCCAGGCCAGCCGUGCCCCGGAUUGUGGUAGAGGCGGAGGCAGGUGGUGGAUGCACUGGUCUGGAGGCUGACACGAAAAAGAAAUCCAGUGUGGUGAAGGAAGGAAAGACCCAGAAGAGCAGAGGGAAGGGUCGUCGAACUCGUCCAAUGUCCCCAGAUAUGGAGUUAGAGUCCUCGGACGAUUCGUACAUGUCAGCAGGAGAAGACCCAUUGGAGUCCCCUGUGUUUGAGGUUCCUCUACAGGACAUAGUUGCACAGGCUGGCACAGAGGCACUGCUCAAAUGUGUCAUCACUGGCAAUCCACUCCCAGAAGCAACUUGGAAACAUGGCAACAUCCCUGUAAGGAGCAGCCCUACCCAUCUGGUUAAAGUGGAAGGAGAGAGGCACACUCUGCUGAUAAAGUGGGCGAAAGCUGGCGAUGCGGGACAGUACUGUGUUAACGCUGUCAACGAAGUGGGCAAGACUUCCUGCAGCGCCACUUUGGCAGUUAAAUCAGAUCCUUCCCAGGAGCAGCGCACCACCCUGAGUGUCCCCCUGGACUUCAGCAGCCCCAUCACUUCCGACGAGGAGUACCUCAGCCCGCUGGAGGAAGCUGAGUUUGGAGUUCCAUCAUUCCGGGAGCCCGACACCAUGAGGAUACCAGACGCUCCAGAACCCAAGAGCAUCAUUGAAACACGCUUCAAUGAGCCGCCCUCUUUUGAGGUAUCCCUGAGUGAUCAGGCAGUGAUAGAAGGUCAGGAUGUCAGCCUGUCAGUUCGAAUUCAAGGAGAACCCAAACCCAUGAUUUACUGGCUUAAGAACAGACAGAUGAUAAAGACUGACAGUCGUCACUGUGUGAAUGAAGCAGAGGGCGGCUCAUUUGAGCUGAAAAUCACUGCAGCCGAGAAGUCAGACGCUGGUGUUUAUACCUGCAAAGCAAUUAACGAACAUGGAACGAAGCAAUGUGAGGGAAAACUGGAGCUCAAAGCCCCUCCCAUGGAGCCAAGCCUGGUGAUAUUGAGGCAGAUGCGAGAUGUGACGGUGAAGGCAGGCGAGAUGGCGGUCUUUGAGUGCUUUAUCUCUGGGCCCCCGGACGUCGACGUGGACUGGCUUUCCAGUGGCAAACUGGUUCAGCCAGCCCUGCUCAAUUGCAAGAUGCACUUCGACGGCAAGAGAUGCAAGCUGCUUCUGAACUCAGUGCAUGAAGACGACAGCGGCACGUACACCUGCAAACUGAGCACUGCCAAAGAGGAGCUGACCUCCAGUGCCAAUCUCAAAGUCAUUCCCUCAAUCGAGCCUCUUUUCACGAGGAAGUUGGAUGUCCUGGAGGUGAUCGAGGGUCGGACUGCUCGAUUUGGCUGCAAAGUCAGCGGGACGCCUCCUCCACAGGUCACCUGGAGUCACUUCGACCAAGUGGUUGAAGAAAGUGAGAAUAUCCACAUCCUGAAGGACAUGGGGCUCCACUAUUUAAUUAUCUCCCAUGUCAGCAAUGAGAAUGAAGGCUUCUACACCGUCAUAGCCAAGAACAGCCAUGGAGAGAUUGAGUGCUCAGCUGAGCUGUAUGUGCAGGAGCCUCGCCCGGCUGUCUCCUUACAAAUUGCGAAGCUGGAAAAGAUGCCUUCGAUCCCUGAGGAGCCAGAGGUGCCCGAGAGCGAGGUGGAGCGGUUCACCAUGCCGGACUUCGUUAAGCCACUCCACGACAUGGACAUGGUUGAGGGGAAGGAGGCUGUUCUCAAGUGCAAGGUGGCGGGCAUGCCCUACCCCACCAUCACCUGGUUCCACAACGGCCAGAAGAUCAACAGCACUGAUGACAGGAAGAUGACUCAGUAUAGAGACAACCAUAGCUUGGUUAUCCGCUCAGUCACACAUGCUCACAGAGGCGUCUAUAAAAGUGUAAUUUCAAACAAGGUCGGAAAGGCCACAUGCUAUGCUCAUUUGUACGUGACAGAUGUCCUGCCAGAACCCCCAGAUGGGCCCCCUGUAGUGGAAGCGAUAACGGGCAAAACUGUCACCCUGCGGUGGAAGAAACCAAAGAAACUGGACCCCAGCAUAGAUGCCAGCUCACUGACGUACACCAUCCAACAGCAAGCAGUAGGGACGAACCAGUGGAGCAUAAUAGUCUCCAACUUGAAGAAAACUUCAUACACAGUGCACACUCUCUCCAAGGGGGUUCUUUAUGCCUUCAGGGUGCUGUCAUCUACCCCCAAGGCCCACAGCAAACCUUCUCCAGCUACAGAACUAGUACAGCUGGUCGAUAGAGGCCCCUACCUGGAGGAGGCACCAGUUAUCCUAGAUAAGCCGGAUGUGGUUUACGUGGUAGAGAACCAGCCAGCCUGCAUUACCAUCAGCCUGAAUCAUGUGCUCGCAGGGAUUACGUGGAGGAGGAAUGAGAGUAUCUUGGUAAACACGCCAGGUCUGUUUGAGAUGAUCAUGCCUGAUGAUGACCAGCAUUCACUGAGGAUAAUGCGGAUUAGGAGCAGUGAUGUGGGAGAGCUCACCUGCACAGCCAGUAACCAGUACGGCAGUGAUAUCUGUACAUUUUCACUUGAAAUUGCAGCGGCCCCUACUUUUGAAUCCAUCAUGGAGGAUAUAGAUGUGAGCACAGGAGAGACGUCUCGUUUUGCUGUGGUGGUUGAUGGGAAACCCGUUCCAGACAUCAUGUGGUACAAGAAUGACAUCCUCCUGUCUGACAGCAGCCACUUCACCUUUGUGUAUGACGACAAUGAGUGCUCCCUGGUGAUUCUCAGCCCUCGGGAAGAAGACUCGGGGGUGUACACCUGCACUGCUAAGAACCUGGUGGGGUCUGUGUCCUGCAAGGCCGAGCUCACUGUGCACCAGAUUAAAAUGGAAAAAGAAGAGCAGAUGGAAGAUGAGGAGACUAUGCUCCGAAAGAUGCGCAGACUAACUGAUUACUAUAAUGUGCACAAGGAGAUUGGAAGGGGUGCCUUCUCAUAUGUGAAGCGUGUGACUGAGAAGAGUGGGAAGAUAGAGUAUGCAGCAAAGUUCAUCUCGCGGCGAGCGAAGAGCAAGGCCUCAGCCCUCAGGGAGCUGAACAUCCUGUCCCAGCUGGACCACGAGAGGAUCCUGUACUUCCACGACGCCUUCGAGAAGAAGAACGGAGUGAUCAUCAUCACAGAGCUCUGUCAGGAGGAACUUCUGGAGAGAGCCACCAAGAAAUCUUCAGUAUUGGAGUCUGAGAUCCGAUCAUACAUGAGACAGCUCCUUGAGGGAAUCAGCUAUCUACAUCUGAAUAAUAUUCUACACCUGGAUAUUAAGCCUGAAAACAUCCUGAUGGCAGACUCCAGCAAUGAGCAGAUCCGGCUGUGUGAUUUUGGGAAUACAGUUGAGUUUACUCCUGAUGAGGCACAGUACUGCAGAUAUGGAACUCCGGAAUUCAUCGCCCCAGAGAUUGUAAACCAAACCCCAAUCUCCAAGGCUACUGACAUCUGGCCUGUUGGAGUUAUAACAUACCUAUGCCUGACUGGGGUUUCUCCAUUCGUGGGGGAAAAUGACAGGACCACCGUGUUGAAUAUCAGGAACUACAAUGUGGCGUUCGAGGAGAAGAUGUUUGCUGAUCUCAGCCGUGAAGCCAGGGGAUUUGUCAUUAAGGUCCUGGUCGCUGACAGACUGAGACCAGAUGCGAAUGAAUGUCUUCGUCACCCUUGGUUUAAGACUUUGGCAAAGGGCAAGAGUAUCAGCACAGAACCCCUGAAACUGUUCCUGUCUCGCAGAAAGUGGCAGCGCUCGCUUAUUAACUACAAAUCCAAGAUGGCGAUGAGGUCCAUUCCUGAGCUCUUGGAUGAUUCUUCCAGCCACAUUUCCAUCACUGUCCCCAGGCACCUUAAGGAAGGUUCCCCUCCGCCCUCAUCUUCCUCAGACUCUGAAGACAUUGAUGAGCUUCCAUUCAUCCCCAUGCCUCUGACCAUGGAGUUUUCUGGCUCCAGAAUGUCUCUCAAUGAGAUUCCAACUGAUGAUGAGAUGGUGGGAAGGCCUAAUGGAACACUGGAAGGGGUGGGGCUUGAAGCAGAGAGGGCAGUGCCUAUGGAGUGUGAACCAACCCCCUCUGGGAAAGAGAGUGGAGAAUUGACGGGGAGAAGCAGGUCCAGAAAGAGAUCAACACAAGAAGAUGAUAACCUAUCUUCAGAUGAAGAAAGCACAGAGGCACGAAAGAGGCCAGAGAAGCCAAAGAGAGCCCUCCAAAAGGGUUCAAGUGUGGAGUCAGAUAAAGCAGGUGGAGGCUCAAAGAGAGGGGAAUUGAGGAGGGGGAGCUCUGCUGACAGUGCCCUGCUACUCCAUAUUACCCCAGAAGAGGGGGCUGCAGAGGGCCAAAUGGGGGAGCCAAAGAUAGGCCUAAAAAAAGCUGUUUCGAUGGAGCUCCCUAGGAGGAGUCCAAGCCCAGGAGCUCUAGAUGAACGUUGUAAGUUGAGCCAGGAAGAUUAUGCCCUGAAACUACAACUGAUGAGACAGAGACUACUGAGGGGAGGAUCUGUGGACAGCAAAAUGAGUGGCCUACGAGGCCCACUGCUGGAGACCCUUGGCAUUGCAGGGGAGGAUCCCAAAAAACGCACCGCCUCUCUGGAGCGCUACACCCGCCCACCCCGAUUAGGCCCAAACCCUCCACUCGCAAGGGCAGCUUCUAGUGACACCCCCAAAGAAGAGUGUUCAGACACCAAGGUACUACGCAAGUAUGCCUCCUUUAGCCAGGGGGACAGUGAACCCAUCCCUCUCCAUCGGCGCUCUGGCGCUCCCUUAGAGAUCCCAUUGGCUCAGAUAGAGGGACGUAGACUACAGGAAUGCAUAUCGAUGUCAGCACUCACUGAACAGACAAAGCUGGAGUCCCGGCCAGCCACCCCCAGGGAAAUCUCUUCAAAACCUCCUACCCCAGAUUUUGAAAAACAGGAAGUGGGACUGUCUGGUGGGACAGAGAAGGUAAGCAAAUUGAAGAAAGCAGAUGAGUCCUUUAAGGAUAAAGCAAACGCAACAGAGAAUGUAAGCAAGCCUGAGGAAGUGAAAGUAGGUACGGCAAAACCAGUGAGUAUGUCAGCAGAAGAGAAGGUUGGCAAGACUGAGAAAGUGGCAGGUUACACAGAUGAGGAAAAAGAUGUGUCAGAGAAAGUUGCUGUGGUUACAGAACCUGAAAAGGUGGUUGAAGGGAAACCUCUACUUAAACCGGAAGCCACCAAGACAGUGGAAGAGAAGAAAGAACAGGAAGCUGUUUCAGUUAAAGCAGAGCCAAAAAAAGUGAAAUCGCUGACACUAAAGAAACCACCAGAGAUAAUAAUCAUAAGCUCCGACACAGUGACACCUUUAUCCAUGCCAGCAAAAGCUCCACAAUAUGGCGUCUCUGCACGAGCUUCACCCUCACCAACCACUCAUGUUUCAUUUUCACUGCCUGGCCCCCGGUCCUCUGCCUAUUCUGAUACCAUGCAAAGCAUUGUUGUUCCAACCCAAGAGGCCCCCAAAACCAAGCCAGAGUCCAGCGCAACAGCUCACCCUGCUGUUUUUGCCCGAGUAGCAUCUACUGAACAACCUGACAAAAAACCCAGUCCACCUAAAAGUUUACGGCAGCCAACCCCAGAUAAAAAACCACCCCCUGUCAUCGAGGACAUAGCAUCUGAGGAAGUCUUUGAGGCGAAAUUCAAAAAGCGGGAGUCCUCCCUUACUCGUGGGCUCAGGCUCCUCACCAGGUCCAAGUCUGAAGAGAAGUCUCUUGUUCUUCCUCCCACAUCAGGGGAGGAAAUCUAUCGCCCAGGGCCCAUAGGAGCUCCGUUGGAGAUUGUCAAGCCUGAGGAACCCAUGAAGAUGGAAGAGAGGGCCAGAUCGGUGCAGGACCUAAGGGAAACAGAGAAGGAUACUAGCUUCAUGAGGAGGCUCUCUCUGCGUUUGAAGAGGACCCCCUCAGCAGAGAGGAAGGAAGUGAAACCUCAAGAGGAAAGUCCAGCUCCAAGGAGAAGGCUUUCAUGGACACUAGGUCGUAGCAGCACCAAGGAGAAGAAGGAAAAGGAGGUGGAGAUGGUGAGGAUGGAACCUGGGGCUCUGAAACAAGAGCCAGAGAUCAGAGAAGCCAAGAAGCCAAAUGAGUCUCCUGUCCUGGCAAUGCGCAAGAAGAUUGAGUCCACGGUGGCUGGGAUUUCCAUGAGGAUCCGCAGUCACUCUGAGGAGAGGAAGGCAGAGGCUAAGGAGGCCAAGUUGGAGAAGAGGGCACCCUUGCUGUCUUUGCUCCAUAGGUCCAACUCUGAGGGAACCAAUCUCAAAAGGAUGGGGCUCCCACAAAACCAGCUUGCUAGCCAAAUUUCUUCUGCACCCUCCUCAGAGUCCCUGCAGUCGGAAUCCAGUAUCCAGUCAGAGACAGCCGUCAAAACCUCGUCCGAGAGUGAGCGCAGAUCCAGGUGGGACCGAUGGGGUCUAUCCAGAGGCAAGAGGGAUAAAGGUGUGUCCCAACCCAACAUCCCUUCUGCCAUAACCAAAGAGAACGGCAUCUUGGAAAAAAGACGGUAUUCUCGCCUUACAUCAGACUUCCCUCCUGUGUUCCACAUCAAGCUGCGUGACCAUGUGUUGCUGGAGGGAGAUCCCAUCACAAUGUGCUGUCUACCGGCUGGCAGCCCUAACCCUAACAUCGUAUGGAUGAAAGACAAGAAGCAGGUGGAGAUUGACUCGAGGAUAAACAUUGUCUCGUGCGCUGAUGGACGGCAGCUCCUCAUGAUCCUGAAGACAUACAAAAAGGACGCUGGGCUGUAUGAGUGCGUGGCUACCAAUCCACUGGCAUCUGUCACCAGCUCUUGCACUCUCUCCCUGGCUAAAGUCCCAGGUCGCCCAGGAACACCUGAGAUACCCCAGAGGUACAAGAACACAGCCCUGGUGUUGUGGAAGCCAUCCGAUACCCAAGCACCAUGUACCUAUUCACUGGAGAGGAAAACAGAGGGCGACUCCAACUGGCUCAUAGUGGCUACAGGAGUGGCAGACUGUUACUACAAUGUCACAGAUUUACCGAUGGACGGCACCUAUAAGUUCCGAGUGGCAUGCGUCAACAAGGCAGGACAGGGAUCCUACAGCAACUCUUCAGAGAGAGUGACCCUCGAAUCGCCAGAAACCUCCAAAGCUCCUCCUCCUGCUGCUCCUAAAGCCAUCCCCUCCACCCCUCCUCCAGUUGUGACCACAUCCAUAGCAAUACCUCCUGCUGCUCCUAAAGCCAUCCCCUCCACCCCUCCUCCAGUUGUGACCAAAUCCAUAGCAAUACCUCCUGCUGCUCCUAAAGCAAUCCACUCCACCCCUCCUCCAGUCGUGACCACAUCCAUAGCAAUACCUCCUGCUGCUCCUAAAGCAAUCCCCUCCACCCCUCCUCCAGUCGUGACCACAUAUGUAACAAUACCACCAUUUCAAGCCCCUUCUUCCAAAACACAACAAAAUUCCACAUUGCUAUCCAAACCAGCAAUGCUCCAAAUCACCCCCUCUACCACCCCAACCCCCACCACUACCAAGACCAUCAUCACUACACCAUCUUCUGUCGCCUGUCCCUUUCGUUCACCCACAGGAAAUGAAACCCUACCCAGAUCCCAAGCUCCUCGACCUGCUAUCUUUCCCAAACCACCCACGCCAGCCAACCUGGUCACUCCCGUCUCCCCACCUCCUUUGGUCCCCUCACCCCUUGUCAUUGGCAAACCAAUCUCUUCAGUGCCCAUGUAUGCGCAAAUGACCCAGACUCGAGUCACCCCUUCACCGGUGUCAUUUCUCACCCCGUCUGUGAUGCUGGUGACAAGCCUGAGCCCGGUGGGAGAGGGGGUCUCCACUCCGACACGUUUGACCCCCACAGGAAGAGUGACACCAUCUGCCAAAUCGCUGGAGAGUGGCACUACCGCGUUACGCCAAGGCGUGCCACAAAAACCCUACACCUUUAUGGAUGAGAGAGCCAGGGGGAGGUUUGGCGUGAUCAGAGAGUGCAAAGAGAACGCCACUGGCAAGCAGUUUGUGGCUAAAAUCAUCCCCUACGAGCCAGAGAGCAAGCAGGCUGUGCUACAGGAGUACGAGAUCCUCAAGUCCCUCCACCACGACAAGGUCAUGGCUCUGCAUGAGGCCUACGUCACCCCACGCUACCUGGUCCUCAUCUCAGAGUCCUGCGCCGGCAAGGAGCUGCUCUAUAGCCUCAUAGACAGGUUCCGGUACUCUGAGGAUGACGUGGUGGGUUACAUCGUGCAGAUCCUGCAGGGUUUGGAGUACCUCCAUGGCCGACGCAUCCUGCACCUGGAUAUUAAGCCAGACAACAUCAUUGUCACCUACAUGAACGUGGUGAAGAUCAUCGACUUCGGCAGCUCCCAGACCUUCAACCCCCUUUUUUUUAAGCAGCUGGGAUGCCGCACUGGGACCCUUGAGUACAUGUCUCCUGAAAUGGUAAAAGGGGAUGUGAUUGGCCCACCAGCGGAUAUCUGGGGUCUAGGUGUCCUGACGUUUGUCAUGCUGAGUGGGAGGUCUCCAUUUAGUGAAGCAGAUCCUGUGGAAAUGGAGAACAAAAUCCAAGCAGGGAAGUUUGACCUCACCAAGCUGUACCCUAACGUGUCCCAAAGUGCCUCUCUGUUCCUCAAGAAGAUCCUAUGUACCUACCCCUGGACCCGUCCGACCAUCAAAGACUGCUUCGCCAACUCCUGGUUGCAAGACGCCUACCUGAUGAAGCUGCGCCGGCAGACCCUCACCUUCACCACCACCAGACUCAAGGAGUUCCUGGUGGAGCACCAGCGCAGGAGAUCAGAGGUGGCCACCAAGCACAAGGUCCUCCUGCGUUCGUAUCAGAGUGUCCCACAGCCCGCUGCACCCGUGACCCAGUGACAACAUCCAUGCCACGCAGGCACUAUGGGGGCCAGUGGGAAGAACAGUCCAGGUUCUCCAAGAGGAAUGAAUGGGACUCUCCAGCUCGAUUGGCCAGGACUCUCUGUGACCGACGCAACCAGCCAGUCCCCUCGGGCUGGAACAGAAGUGUGUGUGUUUGUGUGUCCAUCCUUGGCCGAGCGAAACCAGCCACACCGUCAGAAAACAAGCAAGAAAAGAAAAAUGGAAUUUAAACCGUAUACCUCAUGAACUGUUGGGAAGGGAGUGUGCAGUGGUUAGGUGUGGGUUUAUAGAUUGAUCCCUAUCUAAACCCUGUUUCAAUUUAUUUCCAGCAUUUUUCAUUGAAGUUAUAACUUCGAAUUAGCCUUACUGAUUGGCUACCUUGUAAUAAAGGUGGCGUGAUUGAAAGCUAGGCCCCUUUAUGUAAUUUUUCUUUUCUACCUUUCGAGGAGCAAGGCAUGUUAACACCAUGUGCUAAACCACAAACUGUGAAUUUAUAUAUUAAUGGCUUUCCCCGAGUCUGAAAUGGGGAUUCCCAAUGUGAAGAGGAGAAUUAACGGAUCUGUUACUGCUUGUUUUCAUUUUGUUAGUGACAUUGAUGUUUAUUGUGUUACUGAUAGUUAAUUUGUUUUCAAGCAGUACUAAUACAAAUUAUUGCUUGUAGCAGCUGAACUUAAAGGUGAUCACACCUUACAAUAAGUAAGUGGCAAUUCAUUUAAAUACAAGUUGGCAGUUCGUAAUGUUCAUAAGUGAAAUGCACCAUAAAUCAGUAAUUACUUUAUUGGGAUUCGAUAGGAAUUAAUAUUCUACUUUAUAUGUAAUAACAUUUGAAUUCCUGCCACUUAUUGUAAAGUGUAAUUUAGUAAAGUGAAUUUAGCGCUACUAAAUCAAUGGAAACUACCAAUAUAUUUGUUUUUAGCUCUAUUGGCUAUUUGAUAAAUCAGGUACUGAGUGGCCAGGUAGUGUGUUUUUUUCUGUUUCUGUGACAUAUAACGGGACAACAAAAUUGUUAACACUUAAGAGUCACAUAGUCCUAAGUUACCAUCCUGUUCUAUGCAUUCUCAUUUAGGUUUAGGGUUUGGGUUGUCUACCCCAAUGUAAGAAGAGCCAAGGAAAGGAACAGGUCAAAAACCUGUUGCCAAGCAAUUUACCAGGACUUCAUUACAGCUUCCUGUGUGGGCUAAAACUGACGAUUCUUCCCAGAACAAGAGGAUACAUAUGUAUCUGACACUAGUAAAAUCUGUGGUGAUCCCUUAUUACAACCUGACUUUGCUCAGCAGAAACCUGGCCUCCUUUUUUGCAUAGUUUACAUUAAUUAUUUAAAAUCGACAUAGUUUUUAAAGCUGUGUUUACUUUUAAAGGGUACAUAAGGACCUUUUUAUUUUCUUGUGUUGCAUGUUCCCAUGUGUUGCUACGUGUUUACUUAAGGUGUAUGUAUUGUUUUAAUUUUUCUUUUUUACAUUUUGACGACUUUUUUAAACUUUUAAAUUGCAUUCUCAUGUACCCGCAUGGACUUCUCAGAAAUACAUUUCCCAUCAUCCUCCUGCUCACAUAUGUAACUGAGAUGGAUUUACCAGUGAGCAGGAGGAUGAUGGGAAAUGUAGUUCUGAGAGGUCCGUGCAGGUACAUGGGAAGCCAUCUUGAGGCAGGGAAUGCAAUUUAAAAGUUUAAAAAAGUGGUCAAAAUGUAAAAAAUAAAAAUAAAUAAAACAAUACACACACCUUACGUAAACAGUUGUAGCAACACAUGGGAACAUGCAACACAAUAAAAUAAAAAGGUCCUUAUGCACCCCUUAAGUGCUAUCACAACUACGUAGGACUAUAUAGGGUAUGCCUGUCUGCCAACAAAUGAUGAGAUUUUCAUUAUUGUAUUAUUUGUCUUUAAGCAUUUCAAAUGCCCCAAAUGCACUACAAGGUCGCAUUGCUCUAGUAAAGACAUUAAAUCAGAUACAUGUUUAGUUUCAACUGCUAUUGCAUUGACUGGAUUAACCUCUGCAAUUUGAAAGUGCUUUGAAAUACAGUGUAUUUUAAUUCAGACUGUUGGCAGAUAGGUAUCAUUUCUACCUAAUUGUUAAAGACGAGUUCGAUUAAAAGGCAGCUUGAAAAGACGUGGCCCAUUUUAUUUCCAAUGAGGGGUGUGUGUUCCAGCCUUCUGUGUCCGAAGAUGAACAGCGACGUGCCCCCUCCCCACAGUCACACAGACUAUAUAGUCUUUAUAUAAGAGCUAGGGUUUGAAACCAACCUCUCCUAGCUCACUUUUUCUCAGCUUUCAAUGCUAGGUCACUCUGUGCCGUGGUUAAGAGUUUAUACUAACAUAAAAUAACCUGUUUUCUGUAUACUGUAAUACAAUUCCUGCACUAAGCUUUUGUUAGUUUGAUGGAUGGUGGUAAGUUCCUCUCGCUGCAAUGUCAACUCCCAAGGUUGUAAUAAUCCCAUUCCGACUCUACAUACAACAAUGGCCCUAGGCUGGGUGUGUACAGGUCUCGCUGGGUUCUCAUAGGAACCUAUUGACCAGUUCAGUUAACCAGUGACAAUAAGACACCCAACUGUUUUUUAACCAUCUCCUACCACUGUAUACAGUGAUUGGGACUGAGGCCUGUCCUGUUAAUUCCUAUCCAGCUUCCUUCAUAUAGUUCUGUGCUAAUCCUCUUGUCCAUUUCUGUGCUGUGUCAGUCACAAUGGGACGCCACAGUCCUAUCAAUUGUUGUUACCUGAUUUUAAACAAAUCUUCUUUUUUAAUGCUACAUUUCUAUAACUGUGAAUUAAUGAAAAUAAUUGAUACAAUUCAUAUUUAUAUAUGGAGAUAUGAAAUAUAUUCUGACCAAGAUCCAAUGCUUGGCUGCUACCCAUAGUGAGAGAAGCGUAGAAUUUAAAGACUCCUGCAGUCCGUUGCUGUUUUUAUAUUAAAAAAAGAGGAUGUGAUUCUGUAAAUAUUUGUAAAACACAAGAAUACCAAGGAUAUACCUGUGGUUUUAACAGGUGCUGAUCUUUAUUUUAAUUUUAUUUUUGAAGCAGGGAUUAUUCAUCAGCAAAACAGUGUCUAUGUUUUAUAUUUUACAAAUGCCACAUAAAUAUGAUUUUCAUAUUAUAUAUAUAUAUAUAUAUAUAUAUAUAUAUAUAUAUAUAUAUAUAUAUAUAUAUAUAUAUAUAAAAAUCAGGUAGUCACUAAGGUAAUACAACUGCGGCCCUCCAUACUCCCUCACUGUAUGGUAACCAACGGGAUUGAUUGGCUGUGUUAAAAUGCAGCAGAUGAACUUUGUAGAGUUUUUUUUUUUUUUUUAAUUCUUGCCAGUUAUAGUUUAUUUGGCGGUUAUUCCAAUCUAUACAAGAUAAAUACUAUUAUACAGAUAUAUAUUUUAAAUUCCAUCCUGUGAAAGACAGGACCCUGAAAAUCUUUAUAACUCAAAAAAAGCAAAACAUUGAACUCCCUGAAAGUGCAAAAAUGAAUUCUAAAUGCGAAAAUAAUUAAAUUUGCACUCUAAAAAAAUGCUGUAGUAAUAGCAUAUUGUUUGAUUUACUAAUUUAAGUGACCUAUAUUAAUGCAGUUGCUUAGAGAGAUGUACAAUAUACAUGAAUUACUUAAAUUAGUAUUUAAGUUAAAAAAGUACGAAAGAAAAGAAACUAGACUUAUACCAGUAAUCUUACUAAUAUGUUUAUACUGCAGUAUCACAGAUGCGUUUGUUAAGUUAGUUAUUUGUGUUGCAGCAUCUUUUAGUUUCUUUUUCAUUUUCUUAACAUUGGAUAUUUUAUAGUUAAAUAACUUAAGUGUGCCAUACAUUACAUUGGGGACAAACAAGGAAACGUAAUGGAAGUGUGAAUGGAUAUGUACCUACUUUGAUGAUCAGGGUUACUGCACCAAGGUGUUGUGGUGUAAGGAGUGAAGCUGAAAUUCAAUGUAUUCAUUGAGAAGAGAAGCCAGCAUUGAAACAACAUGGAAUUGCAGGCCCGUUCCUAGAAAAUAGAACAUGGAAAUAGGACCCUAAGGCUAAAGAAGACGUGUUUGAGUUAAAGAGCUCAUUGAGCAAGCACUAAGACAAUACUUCACAUUUGAAGUAGUCUCGGUAUACACUUUGAGUCUUUUUAAGAAUUUGUACAUGAUUGAAUUUGGCUGCACUAAGCUAAGCUGCUGUUACAGGGAGCUUUUCAAGAUUUUAAAAGGGCUGUAUAACUCUGACUCAUUUACAGGUUUUUAAACUUCAAAACGUGUCUCUUGAUUUAGAGGUGAAGUAUCCCAUACAAGGCUGUUUACAGGUUUGUAAAGACUGCAAGGACAACUGGUAGUCUUUGUGUCAGCAGACAGUCAAAAUACAACCAAAUUAAACGUGUGAAAUGUUAAAUAAGCACAUACAUACUGACAUUUAGUUUGCUAACACAUUCAUUUUUUUACGUCAACUUUUUUUAUGAAAAUGUUUACAGUUCAUAUGUUUGUGAUUUUCUGUCUCACUGGUCAUGUUAAAAAGGCAGGACAGCUCUGUGCUGAUUCAUCUGUAGUUUUUACUUCUGGAAAUACAAAACACUUGUAAAUAUUGAGAAACAGCAAAGAGAGAAGCCGGUUGCACAUUUUGCACUGUACCUGGGAAUGGGCCUCACUUUAUUGAUGAUCAUUUUAAAAGGAAUGAGAGUAUUUGUAUUGUAAAUUGACAGCAGUGACAAUCCAUUUAAUGUAGUUUGUAGGUGUUGUUUUUAGUGGUUUGUUUGUUUGUUUAUUUAUUUAUUCAUUUAUCUGACUCUGUAGGAAUCUGGAAUCUUUACAAUUUUGUGUAAUUGUUCAUCUAAUUCUGGUGUGAAUCCACGGCAUGAAAGCUGAGAAACAAAAUAAAGAAAAGAAGUAAUCAAACUGCAAAAAGCACCUGGUGGACUAAUCCUUUAAUUCCUUUCUACAUUUUAUGGAUACACUUCAAAGUACAGUUACUUACAACAAAAUGAUACCGUGGAAGGUAACAGUAUCAAUUUAAUUGAUAAACAGUGGCUGAUCCAAAUACUGCCACCAUUCAAACAUAACAUUAGAACCAAAUCUGGCACAAAAAUACAUUUAAGAUGCAUGCAACUUUACAAAGUGCCACCUUCUCUUUAUGAUUUAAGCAACAACAAUGUUUUGUGUAUUCCAGUCUAUGUUUUACCAAUGAUGCCUUGAAUUCCAGUUUUUUUACCACUUUUCUUUUCAUUGAUUUAAAAAUGUUUCCAACCUAGACAAAAAUAAUUGUACAUCAUAGAAGUGCUUUCUUACCAGUUUUGAAACAUUAACAGUUACUGUUCCAGUUUGCACCACACCAAAACCUUAGUAAAUAUGUCCCAAUAAGUAACACCCAGAGCACAGCAAACACAUUAUACAGUAAAACUUUUUUUUUAUCAAUAACAAUAACUAUAUACAAAUCAGAGAUCAUAAUAAUAUUAGAACAGAAAGAGAUGCAAUUGUUAUAGAAAACAACUCAUGCUGCUGCAUUUUGCACCAUCUGCAAUCGAUGUAAAGAGUGAGCAGAACCAAUCAAGGUAUGUGCAGAACCAAUCAAGAGCCGGCCAGAUUUUCAAGACGCUUCAGCAUAAUCCGGUGGUAAAUAGUAUCAAAGGCGGCAGUAAGAUCUAAAAGAACCAAUACUGAAAGAGCACCAUCAUCUGCAUUCAGAAGGAGAUCAUUUACAAUCCUAUCCGUAGCAGUUUCAGUGUUAUGUGUGAUUCUAAAACCAGACUGAAAUUUUUCCAAUAUAUUAUUUUAUGAAAGAUGUGAGAGUAACUGAUCAGCAACAACUUGUUAAAGCAAUUUAGCCAAAAAAAGGAAGAUUUGAUAUUAGUCAAAAGUUACCCACCACAAGCAAUAUUUUUUUUUUUUAGAAUUGGCUUAAUAAUGUUUUGUUUUAAUACAAUAGGGAUAAAACCCUCAGAAAGUGACAUGUUAAUUAUAUUAAGAAUAUACAGACGUGCUCAAAUUUGUUGGUACCCCUCCACAAAAAACGAAGAAUGCACAAUUUUCUCUGAAAUAACUUGAAACUGACAAAAGUAAUUGGCAUCCACCAUUGUUUAUUCCAUAUUUAAUAGAAAUCAGACUUUGCUUUUGAUUUUUUAUUCAACAUAAUAUUGUAAAUAAUAAAACAAAUGAAAAUGGUAUGGACAAAAAUGAUGGGACCGCAAACCUAAUAUUUUGUUGCACAACCUUUAGAGGCAAUCACUGCAAUCAAACGUUUUCUGUAGCUCUCAAUGAGACUUCUGCACCUGUUAACAGGUAGUUUGGCCCACUCUUCCUGAGCAAACUGCUCCAGCUGUCUCAGGUUUGAUGGGUGCCUUCUCCAGACUGCAAGUUUCAGCUCUUUCCAUAGAUGUUCGAUAGGAUUCAGAUCAGGACUCAUAGAAAGCCACUUCAGAAUAGUCCAAUGUUUUGUUCUUAUCCAUUCUUGGGUGCUUUUAGCUAUGUGUUUUGGGUCAUUAUUCUGUUGGAGGACCCAUGACCAGCGACUGAGACAGAGCUUUCUGACACUGGGCAGUACGUUUCGCUCCAGAAUGCCUUGAUAGUCUUGAGAUUUCAUUGUGCCCUGCAUAGAUUCAAGGCACCCUGUGCCAGGCGCAGCAAAGCAGCCCCAAAACAUAACCGAGCCUCCUCCAUGUUUCACUGUAGGUAUGGUGUUCUUUUCUUUGAAAGCUUCAUUUUUUCGUCUGUGAACAUUGAGCUGAUGUGACUUGCCAAAAAGCUCCAGUUUUGACUCAUCUGUCCAAAGGACAUUCUCCCAGAAGGAUUGUGGCUUGUCAAUAGGCAUUUUAGCAAAUUCCAGUCUGGCUUUUUUAUGUUUUUCUUUCAAAAGUGGAGUCCUCCUGGGUCUUCUUCCAUGGAGCCCACUUUCCCUCAAAAAGCGACAGAUGGUGCAAUCAGAAACUGACGUACCUUCACCUUGGAGUUCAGCUUCUAUCUCUUUGGCAGUUAUCCUUGGUUCUUUUACUACCAUUCACACUAUCCUUCUGUUCAAUCUGGGGUCGAUUUUCUUCUUGUGGCCGCGCCCAGGGAGGUUGGCUACAGUUCCAUGGACCUUAAACUUCUUAAUAAUAUUUGCAACUGUUGUCACAGGAACAUCAAGCUGCUUGGAGAUGGUCUUGUAGCCUUUACCUUUACCAUGCUUGUCUAUUAUUUUCGUUCUGAUCUCCUCAGACAACUCUCUCCUUUGCUUUCUCUGGUCCAUGUUCAGUGCGGUGCACACAAUGAUACCAAACAGCACAGUGACUACUUUUCUCCAUUUAAAUAGGCUGAAUGACUGAUUACAAGAUUGGAGACAUGUGUGAUACUAAUUAAAGAAACUAGUUAGUUUGAAAUAUCACUAUAAUCCAAUUAUUUAUUAUCUUUUCUAAGGGGUACCAACAAAUGUGUCCAGGCCAUUUUAGAAUAUCUUUGUAGAAUAAGCAAUAAUUCAUCUCUUUGCACAGCUUCUUUGCUUUAUUCUAUGACAUACCAAAGGUAUGCAAGUAUACAUGAUAAAAUAGCUUUUAAUUUCAUCACUUUUCAGGAGGAAUGAAGCAUUAUUUCAAAGAGCUGUAAGGGUACCAACAAAUUUGAGCACAUCUGUAGGAGGUCUGGGUAUCUACACAAAGUAGGAGGAACACAGUAAAACAUAAACAGGCAUGGUGAGGCCCAAAAUAUGAUUACAAAAACAAAGUAAUGGUAAAUCCAUUGUAUAAGCAGGGAGGGCACUAGGAAGAAGGUGAACUACAAAACUGCUAUGUUAAACUAUUAUAGUAAGGCCAGCAAAUUCAUUAGUGAUAGCUAUUGCUGCAAUUUUCACCACAGUAUUUGAAUUACUGAAAUAAUGGCUUGGGCUUUGGCAAAACUCUCAAAGUGAUGAUAUUUGAUUGCACAUCACAGAUCUCCUCUGGGGUAUUUCAGCUAAAGGCUAUAUAAGGCAUGGUAGCCUAGAGAAAGGCACCAUCUCCAUUUUGGUUAUCUCUUUCCAGCUCCCCUCAACUGAAGCCAUCUAACAUGGUCCAAAGAAGGACAGGCUGUGUUUUGGAAUGCGGAACCCAGGCUACCCUGGCUGGAGGAGAGCUUCCUCUGGACAUUAUUUCUAAGGGCCUGUCCAAAGGGGUGAACGCUAAAAUAGCACCAACGUCCACAGUGAGUUGUGCCGGGCUGGUGAACUAACCUCACCAGGGUGUUAUUGAAUUUUGCCUGAAAGCAUCCUAGGCAAAUGUUAACUUUUUGAGCUAUUUACUGUUCUGGGGCUAAUUUUUGUUACGCGAGAAGAUGGUCUUCUACCAUAAAAGAAAGGUCAACUAUACAUCUUGCCAUAGCUUAUAUAUAAAUAAUACGAUGACUAACUGUGGCGGAGUGUCCCGCCCCUUUGUUUAUUAUUUAUUUUAUAUUAUGAUUUAUGUGUAUAUGACGACGAAAGCCGAUUAUUGUUUGUUAUUGUUUUGUAUAUGUAUUUAAGAACCUCGUGAGGAUGCGUGACUGAUCAGCUAGUGAUUUAUUUAACUAGUUGACAGUCAGGCAUUCUUAUUAAACUUGUGCAGACUAUGGCCAAGGGGUAAUAGUAUAAUUAAUUAACAGCUAGCUAACCCCUCAGCCAGAAUAUAAAAGCCUGCAGCUGUCCGCGCUCAGGAUGGAGGAGAGAGAGACUGAGCGAAUGCUAUCAACCAGCGAAAAGGUACUUGUAACGGAAAAGUCAUAUUACUUAGUGUCUGUUUAUUUGUUUAUUUCUAUUUGUUUGGACAACGCGCCUUUGUGGUUUGUAGUGUUUUGUUUUGUUUGAACUGUUUGUUUUAUUUAAUAAAUACACUGAGCGCCGUAGCUCUGCAGUUUCACCCAC